AUGUCAUCCAACGAGGACGAAAAGGCGCACUGGAGCCGAAGGAUACAUGGAGUUCCUAGUGCUCAUGUGGGGAAUCAAAUGGUGCAAAUAACGACGAAGGUAUCAGAGAAGGAUGAAAAGGUUUUCACUUUAUUUAAAGCCGGCCUGAAGACCACGAUACAAAAGUACGAGAAACAGAGCAAUGAAAGACAAAAGGCACAUCACAAUACAGAAGCACACUUCCACAAGGCAUUGAACGAUUCUGAAUGGCUUGACAACUAA